UAAUCACCCUUAUUAUGGUUGGCGUUGUCGUAGGCGUUCAAGUGUCGUAGACGUAGUCGUAGGCGUUGUCGUAAAUAAAAAUUUUUGGUAUUAUGUACAAUUUUCGACUACGUCUUUUUUGUAAUAGAUGUAAAAAAGCAGGGUGCUCUGGAAUAAUAAACAAUUGUAGAAUUUACGAGCUACCCGGUUAAAAGAAAUAAAUGCGUCAGUUGAAAUAGUUGAAGUAAAACGAUCAUUUGUUUAAUUAAAUAUUGAAAUAUGUUAAGUGUUGGCAAUUUUUUAUCUGAGGAUGAAGAUGAGUAUAUUCAAAAUGAUUUAAACGUGAGGCGAAAAAUAUUGCGGCAAGAGUCUAACAUAUUUUCCAUGACUGAUUCCCAAUUUGUUAGUUACUUCAGGCUUAGUAAGGAUGCAUUUAAAUAUGUUUUGGGUCAAAUCACUCCAGACCUCCGUAACCGGGUUAAAUCUACAAGUGUCCCAAAUACACUAAAACUAGCCGCAACAAUUCGAAUACUGGCUGAAGGAAGUUAUCAAAAGGGUGCUGGGAACGAUUUCAAUGUCAGUUUAUCACAGUCGUCUGUCAGCAAUGUGUUCCGCGAGUGCAUAGAAGUAUUACAUAAUAAGCUGUGUCCAAAUUGGAUCUCUUUUCCCACCACUGAAGAAGAGAAAUAUGAAAUUAAGGAACAUUUUUUGAAAAAUACUGGAUUUCCUGGUGUGAUUGGAUGUAUUGAUGGAACGCACAUAAAAAUUGUUGCGCCAAGAAUGGAAGAGAGAUUCAAAUACUUGAACCGGAAAGGAUUCUACAGUCUCAACGUAACGGUGGUGUGUGAUCAUAAAUUAAGAAUUAGAUAUAUAUCAUCACACCAUCAUGGAUCCGUUCACGACUCGUUGGUUUGGAAUACAAGUGAUUUGAAACAACACAUGAAAGAAAACUUUGACAAUGGCGAAAGAAAUACAUGGAUAUUAGGUGACGCAGGAUAUCCAUUGGAAAAAUUUUUAAUUACGCCAUUUAGAUCAGCUGACGAAGGCUCACCAGAGUGUAGAUUCAACAAAAUACAUUCAAAAACAAGAAAUAUAGUUGAACGAGCAAUUGGGGUGUUGAAGAACAGAUUUCGUUGUAUAUUAGGAGCGAGACAAUUGCAUUACACCCCUGAUAUAUGUGGAAAAGUAACAGCAGUUUGUGCAGCGUUACACAAUAUUUGCAUACAUUUCAAAAUUGAAAUGCCGAUAGUUAACGCAAACCCCUACUUCAUGACAGAUUCAAAUGAUGUUGAAAUGAACGACGAUUUGAAUGCAUUAGACAUAAGAUCAUCAAUAAUGCUAUCUUUAAGUAAUUAAUUCAUUUUAUUAUUAAUUAUCUUAUAAAAAGUAAAAUUCAUUUUUAAUAUUUAAAUAUAAAAGCUAUGCUUUAAGUUAUAACAUAAAUAGUUUCACUGAAAUCCACUCCUUAUUUCUUCUAAUUCCAGACGUCUCUUUUC